CCCUUUCUUGCCUUCCUCCUCACCUCGAGAAGCUCGCUACCACUGACUCCUCUGCACGACCAUGACCAAUCCCAUUGUAUACUUCGACAUUGCCUUCGCCGGCCAGGCCGCGCCUUCUCGCAAGAACGGCAACCGCAUUGUCUUCGAGCUAUAUGCCGACAAGGUCCCGAAGACUGCCGAGAACUUCCGCGCCCUAUGUACUGGCGAAAAGGACACCAACGAGCAAGGUGUGAAGCUCGCCUACAAGGGCUCCGGCUUCCACCGAGUGAUCCCCAAGUUCAUGUGUCAGGGAGGAGACUUCACCGCCGGCAACGGUACUGGUGGAGUCAGCAUCUAUGGCGAGAAGUUCGUCGAUGAAGACCUCACGGGAAAGCAUGACCGACCUUUCCUACUGUCAAUGGCCAACGCUGGACCUAAUACUAAUGGCAGCCAAUUCUUCAUUACAACUGUGCCUACCCCUCACCUCGACGGAAAGCACGUAGUCUUCGGCAAGGUCUUGGCUGGAAAGGACGUGGUGAGGAGAAUUGAGAACUGUCCCAAGGGAGAGCAAGACAAGCCAGUCGAGCCGAUUACAAUCGAGGACGCGGGCGAGCUGCCCGCAGGCACCACGGACUUCGGCAUCGAGGCAGAUCCAAGUGGAGACAAGCACGAGGACUUCCCAGAGGACGUCGAGGGCGAAGAUGGACCCGAAGAGAAUCCUUCUGCCGCUCUGGCCAUUGCAAGCGACCUAAAAGCAAUCGCCGGCAAGCUCUUUGCCUCUCAAAAUUACCCCUUGGCCCUCGAGAAGUACCAGAAGUCGCUGCGCUACCUCAACGUACACUCAGUGCUGCCAGAAGACAGCAAGCCCGAGUUGGUCGACGAGUACGAGACGACGCGGAUUGCAGUCAGCCUGAAUGCUGCCCUGUGCGGUAUCAAGAUCGGCACCAAGGCAUCAGCAAAGGUCGCCGAGAAGCUGGCGACUUCCUCCCUGUCCCUUGUCGAGAAGGCUUCCAAGCGGACCGGUGCGUGGGACCACGAUUCGGAUUCUCACCCAGCAUCGGUCAAGGCUAAACAGGACAUGGCCAAGGCACACUACAGGCGAGCACUUGCGCUCAUUGUGCAAGGCGAUCUCGACUCGGCUGGAGCUGAUCUGGAGAGGGCGCUUUCGUACGCACCGGAGGAUGCUGGGAUCAAGAAGGAGAAAGCGAGCCUGGCGGACAAGCGGAGGAAGAAGGUCGAAGCGCAGAGGAAGCAGUACAGCAAGAUGUUCGGAUGAAGGAGGGUUGAGAGAGUAAAGAAUCAGUGGAGGAGGGGCUCAAUGGAGCGCGCUGGGGGUCGUCAGUUGUCAAAACCUACUGAAGGCCGACCUUUGCCGCUGUCGGCGCAUGUCACGAACAAUAGCAUAUCACAAUCAUAGUCUGGU